AGGAUCAGUGUUUAUCCAGAUUAGUCCCUGCCCCUUCUCCCACACCACCCCGACCCAGAGUCACGCUAGUGACGCUUACAUUCCCUGCUCCUGCCCUCAGCCAUAUUGAAAGUGCAGUUUCCGAGUUUGGCUGCCCGGGAAAGUGGCAAAAAACUUCCAUCUAACGCUUUUUGAUUUUGGAAUUUAAGUAUUUUGGCCGUUGGAAAUCUUACAAGAGAUUGUGGCUCCGCGUCUACAGCCGUCGAUCGGCGUGUGAAAGAUGGUGGACCGCUUGGCGAACAGUGAGGCCAACUCUAAGCGCAUCGGAGUCGUGGAAACAUGCUUCGGCACAGCAGGUCAACCGCUGGCCAUCCCAGGUCGAGUGCUGAUCGGAGAGGGCGUUCUCACAAAGCUGUGCCGCAAAAGGCCCAAAGCCCGGCAGUUCUUCCUCUUCAAUGACAUCCUGGUGUACGGCAACAUCGUCAUCCAGAAGAAGAAGUACAAUAAGCAGCACAUCAUCCCUCUGGAGAGCGUCACCAUAGACACGGUAGAGGACGAGGGCGAGCUGCGCAACGGCUGGCUCAUUAAAACGCCCACCAAAUCCUUCGCCGUCUACGCCGCCACAGCUACGGAGAAGUCUGAGUGGAUGAGCCACAUAAGCAAGUGCGUCUCGGACCUACUGGAAAAAAGUGGGAAAUCUCCCACCGGCGAGCACGCGGCCGUCUGGGUGCCCGACUCUGAGGCGACCGUGUGCAUGCGCUGCCAGAAGAUCAAAUUCAACCCCGUCAACCGCCGCCACCACUGCCGGAAAUGCGGCUUCGUCGUGUGCGGCCCGUGUUCGGAGAAGAAGUUCCUGCUACCCAGUCAGUCAACCAAACCGGUGCGGGUGUGCGAGUUCUGUUACAAACAGCUCUCCACGGGCGGCACCCUCCCGUCCCGCUCAGACUCCUUGUUAUCCAGCAACAAUAUCUCAGACGACGACGACGACGAUGACAGCAGUGACUGAGGGUCGCAGAUCAUAUCCCAUAAUUUUAGUCAAAUUUUCAUUCAGGUUUGCAAAGGUUCCUGUGGCAAUAACACCUUCCCAAAACAAUUAAACGCCCCUGUGCAUAUGAACAAAAGAUUUGAUGGGAAUUGUUCCUGUGUAUUAAUGAACACUACUUGUCGGUUCGCUCUACUUUCACAUUAAAGUCACUCUCAUAAUCCA